AUGUUGUCGGCUUCGUCGCUUCGCUCGAAGCUGCAGAACUUAAACGUGGAUUUGUCCAAGUUCGCGGGCGCAGCCGCGUCAGACAAGCCGCAGUUCACGCCGUACGACUGCGACAAGGCCAAGGUCCUUCAGGAGGCGCGGGCGUUCUCAGAGAGUCCGCUGAAUCCGCGGAAAUGCAGUCAAAUCAUCACCAAGAUUCUGUACCUGCUGUCGAGCAACGAAGACCCGCUGACGAGUGCGGAGACGAGCACGUUGUUCUUCGGCGUCACGCGGCUCUUUCAGUCCUCUGACGAGCGGCUGCGGCGUCUGAUUUACAUGCUGCUGAAGGAGCUGAGUGUGCAGACGGCGGAGGGCUUCAUCGUGACGAGUUCCUUGACGAAGGACAUGACAAGCAACAGCGACCGGCACCGCGGGAACGCUGUCCGCGUCCUCUCGCGGAUCGUCGACGCGGCGAUGGUGUCCCAGAUUGAGCGCUAUCUCAAGACGGCGAUCGUGGACAAGAACCCGUUCGUCGCGUCCUCCGCGUUGGUGGCGGGCAUCAACCUCUUCGCCACGGCGCCAGACGUCGUUAGGCGCUGGGUUAGCGAGGCACAGAGCUGCAUCUUUCAGCACCAGAAGAACCCCAUUGUGCAAGUCCACGCGCUCGCGCUGGUGCACACAAUCAAGUCGUCCGAUCGACUCGCGCUGCGCAAGAGCCUGUGCGAGCUGCUACAGAAUUUCCAGCGGAAUCCCCUCGCCGAGUGCCUGCUCAUUCGGUGCAUUAAGGACCUUCUGCUUCAAGACCUGUCCUCGGCGCAUGGCGACGCGGCGGCGGGCGCGCCGGCCUACGCCUACGCAGCCGCGGGGGGUACUGGCGCCGGCGUCUCCGACCCCUCCCACCAGCGGCUGCUGCUUGACUACUUGGAGAGCUGUCUUCGACACAAACACGAGAUGGCCAUGUUCGAGGCGGCGCGGGCGCUCUGCGAGCUGGCGGCCCUUGCGUCGGAACGUGGAGACGCGUCGAGCGUGCUACGGAACUACGACCUCUCCGGCGCCCUCACAGUUCUGCAGAUUCUGCUCACGUCGCCCAAGCCCGUGGUUCGCUUCGCCGCAGUCCACGUGAUCAACAAACUCGCGCAGAAGCCGCGGCUCGCGGCCGUCAUGGCGCGCUGCAACGCUGAGCUCGAGCCCCUGCUCACCGACCCGAACCGCAGCAUCGCGACCGCGGCGCUGACGACGCUGCUCAAAACCGGACAUGAGAGCGGCGUCGAGCGGCUCACGAAGCAGAUCUCAUCCUUCACGAGUGAAGUCUCCGAUGCGUUCAAGGUAGACAUUGUCCGCGCAGUUCUGCAGCUCUGCCUGACCUAUCCCAACAAGCACGCGACGCUGACGAACUUUCUGGCUUCGAACCUACGCGAGGAAGGCAGCGUGGAGCUGAAGACUUGCGCAGUGGACGCGCUCAUGACUGUCGUCCGCAGCAUCCCGCAGGCACAGGAGCUCGGCCUGCUGCAGCUCUGUGAGUUCAUUGAAGACUGCGAGUACGCCGUUCUCUGCACCAAGAUCCUCGCGUUUCUGGGGGAGCAGGCCGCGACGACGGCGACGCCCUCCAAAUUCAUUCGCUUCAUCUACAACCGACUCAUUCUGGAGAACGCAGUCGUCCGCGCCGCGGGCGUUGACGCGCUCACCAAGAUCGCGUUGCAGUGCCCGAGUCUCCGCGGCGACGUCCUCGUCCUCCUCGAGGGCUGCCUGUCAGAUAACGACGACGAAGUCCGCGACCGCACGCAGCUCUACUACGCAGCCCUGCAGCAGACGAUGCGCCGCGACGACCAGCGCAGCGACGCCGCAGCCUACGCCCUGGCGCCCGCCACGCCGACGACGACGGCGCUGUCUGGGGACGUGCCCUCCGUCGCGGAGCUGCUCAGCACCGAGACGCCAUUUGCGCUUGACCUCCUCUGCGCGUCCCUCGAGCGCUUCCUGCAGGAGCAAGACCGGGCGCGCAGCGCCAACGGGGGGGUCGCCCCCCCGCGUGCUUUCGACUUCUCAGAUCUGCCCUCGGAGGCCGCCUGGGAAGAAGCCAAGGCGCGAGAGCGCGAGGCGGUCGCCGCGAUGAAGGCCAGCGGCGCGUCCGCAGGCGCCACAGGGCACGGGGCUGCGGCCGCGGGUCACGGCUUCCUCGCAGGCGCCUCGAAGGGCGGCUUUGCCUCCGGCACUGGCGCGGAGACGCAGUUCCGCGAGGGCGCGGGCGACGUGCGAGGCUCAUCGGGGGGGGGAGGAGGUCUCGCGGCCGCCGCGCAGGGCACGGCGAGAAGCGCGGCUGUCGAGGGCGAGCUGCACCGCGUGUUCGCCUCGCUGGUGCCGCCGGCGACGCUGGGGCCCCUGCUGCUGUCGAGCAAGGCCGCGAUGCUCACGGAGAAGGAGGCCGAGUACGCCGUCGAGGUGAUCAAGCACGUCUUCGCGGGCUACCUGGCGCUGGAAUUCCGCGUGAGAAACACCGUCGAAGGCCAGACACUCGAAAACGUCGCGGUGCGCGUCGCCUGCGCGCCGCAGAAUGCCGCGCUCGGCGGCGCCGGCGUGCCUCCCGCGCCCUGGGCUGUCGUUGGCUGCGUCCCGAUUCCGACUCUCGAGCUCGACUGCACGCGCCCCUGCUUCGCCCUGCUGCAGCGGACCGUCGGAGACGGCCGCGGCACCUCUGUCGCGGAGACUGGCGCGCUCUCCGCCGUCCUCACUUACGUGCUCAAGGAGGCGGGCGACGACAUCGGCUACGAAGACGAAUACCCCGUGGAACCCGUCGUCGUCACCAUCGGAAACUACAUCGCGCCCAAGAUGCUGCGGCAAGGCGAGUUCAAGGUUGCCUGGGACUCGCUGGCGAGUCCGCAGGGCGUGGAAGCGGUCGGCAAGUUCUGUUUGAGCUUCCGCACACUGGAGGCCGCGGUCUCGGGGCUUCUCAGCACGCUGAACCUCGCGCCGUGCGACCGCAGCGAUUUCGUGGAGCCACAGCGCACCACGCAGACUCUACUCUGUUCUGGCGAGUUCCUCGGCAGCUCGACCGUGCUCGCGACGGCGGUGCUGUUCAUGUCCCCCGAGCACGGCUGCCUGCUGAAGCUCAUCGUCCGCUCCGACGACGCCUCCGUCUGCGACGCCCUCCUCCAGACCUUUGAGUGA